AUGGCGGAGGGCAAUGGAGAGAUCCCUGUUGAAGAGGUCCCUGGAAAGGACUCUGAUGCUGGCCGUACACCAGACUACCACAAACUCAUUGAAUAUGGCUUGGAUCCUAAGGUGGCCGCCAAGCUUGAUGAUAUUUAUAAGACUGGAAAGCUAGCGCAUGCCGAGUUGGACGAACGUGCGUUAGAUGCCUUAAAAGAAUUUCCAUCCGACGGUGCUUUAAGUGUUCUUGGACAAUUUUUAGAUUCAAAUCUUGAACAUGUAUCUAAUAAAAGUGCUUAUUUAUGUGGGGUCAUGAAAACCUAUAGACAGAAAAGCAGGGCGGGCGUGCAAGGCGCGCCCGCGUUGGCGUCCGCUGUCCAGGUCAAGGGCCCCGAUGAAGAGAAAAUUAAACAAAUCCUUGCCAGGACUGGCUACUCAUUAGAUGUGACCACAGGUCAACGUAAGUAUGGCGGGCCCCCGCCCGGGUGGGAAGGCGGCACACCAGGCGCCGGCUGCGAGGUGUUUUGCGGCAAGAUCCCCAAGGAUAUGUAUGAGGACGAGUUGAUCCCGUUGUUUGAAAGAUGCGGGACCAUCUGGGAUCUCCGCCUCAUGAUGGAUCCCAUGACGGGCACCAAUCGCGGCUACGCUUUCGUUACCUUCACCACUCGGGAGGCCACGCAACGGGCCGUGCAAGAGCUCGAUAAUCACGAAAUAAAACCUGGGAAGACUCUGAGAAUUAAGAUUAGCGUACCGAAUCUGCGACUUUUCGUCGGCAACAUUCCCAAGUCUAAAGGCAAAGAGGAGAUACUGGAAGAGUUUGGUAAAUUAACAGCCGGACUCGUAGACGUAAUAAUAUAUAGUUCGCCCGAUGACAAGAAGAAAAAUAGAGGAUUUUGUUUUUUGGAAUACGAGUCACACAAAGCGGCGUCGUUAGCUAAGCGUAGACUGGGGACUGGUAGGAUAAAGGUUUGGGGCUGUGAUAUUAUAGUCGAUUGGGCAGACCCUCAAGAAGAGCCCGAUGAGCAGACAAUGAGCAAAGUGAAGGUGUUAUAUGUACGGAAUCUUACGCAAGAAAUCACUGAAGAGGCGCUCAAGGAAGAGUUUGAACGUUAUGGAACUGUGGAACGUGUUAAGAAAAUCAAGGAUUACGCUUUUGUGCAUUUUGAGGAUCGGGAUUGUGCUGUUAAGGCGAUGCAAGAGCUUGACGGCAAGGAUAUGGGUGGCGCGCGGUUAGAAGUGUCGCUUGCAAAACCUCCCUCCGACAAAAAGAAGAAAGAGGAGAUACUGCGUGCGCGGGAGCGCCGCAUGACGCAGAUGAUCUAUGGCCGCGGAGGAUUUGAUUGGUGCAGCUGCUCGCCGGUGCACGGCGCGCUGCGCGGCCGCACGCCGCAGCCGCAGCCGCGCCCGCCCGCCGCGCGCGGCGACUACGAUUAUGAUUACGACUAUUACGGGUACGGGGAUUACCGAGGUGGCUACAAUGAGCCAUUUUACCGGUACGAUGAGUUCUAUUUUGAUUACGCGGGGCCACCGCAACCGUCCGCCGUCCGCCAGCCUCCCAACAGAGCGCAACCGGAAGACGAGCUCGCUCUCGGGCCCAACUCGCUUUACUACGAUCUAACCGGAGGCAUUCAGGGUGGGUCAUGUGGGACGGGCGCGCGAUGGGCGCGGCGCGCGGCGCCGGCCGCGGCUGGGGCCCGUACUGGUGCGCGCCGCGCCGCUCGUGGCCGCCGCACGCCCAGCGCCAUCCGUGGCAACCCGCGCGCCAAGCCAAGUUUACCAGGUAAACGUAAAUUCGACGGGGGUCACCAGAACCAUGGGGGGGAGACGAAGCGACGCUUGGGCGCGGCGGCGGCGGCGGCGUGCGGCUGGGGCGGCGCGCUGCAGGGCGGCGGGCCGCUGCCGCAGCAGCCGCUGGCCAGCUAG